AUGUGGGCUAAUGUAGUCUCCGGUAAGUAUGAUGGUGACUUGCAUGUUUACGUAGCUAAGGCUGCAUUGGUUAUACAACAAGAUACUUUUCAGGGUAAUGAUGAGCAUCAUGCAUAGUUUCAUUGAUUUGUACAUUUAUUGUUGCUACAUGUCACAUAAAAGCAUUCCUGUUGGCAGAGAAGUUUCCUUCCUUUGCCUUUGUUGAAGGCUACAUGUAUUAGAAAGAUACUUAUUAUUACUGCCACAGGAAAGUUGUAUAGGAGAAGAUGUGCACGUUUUUGUGAUUUUCUUGAAUGUUUCUUAACUUUCUUCCCUGGUUUAGUAUUCGAAAGAAUUUCCAGAUUGAUAAGUAAACUGUUAUUCAAUUAAGGACAUUGGAUUUUUUAUUUUUUCGUUUUCCCUCAGAAGAUUUUGGAGUGGACCCUUCUGCUUAUGGAAUAAUGUUGUUCAUUUUAGUAGCUGUUUACGCUUUCAGGUACUCUAUGUAACUGUCAUCUGUUUAGUGCCAACGUUUGAAACUGUCAUCUGUUUAGUGCCAACGUUUGAAAAAUAAAGCCAAGAAGUCUCUUCUGGCCAUGAUUCUCAACUUCUGCUGCUGGGAGCGUGGUUUGCAACGGUAACAAUAUUUUUUGUUAUGACAAGAUUCAAUCAGAUCCUCCCCGUAUUUCACCUUGCGUUGAAGGAACUCAGAAGAAAGAAUGCUGCUAGCCAUAAUCCUUUAAGGCCCAUAUAUGGUCAGUAUGUAUACUUCUUAAUCUGAUAUAUUAUGAAGCAGCUCACAUUGAUUAUAUUCGCCGUUCGUGAGUUUUCAUUAUGGUUGAUGAAGACCCCCUAACCCCUUGCUUUUUCUUCCACAGCGGUUCAAUCAUCUCUUCUCCAUUCAUCUCCUGAUAACACGGUAGUUGAGGUGCAUAGUGAAGUGCAAGAAGUGGUGAUUGCCCUGGGAAGCAAUGUGGGCGACAGGCUGAAGCAUUUCAAUGAUGCCUUGCAUAUGAUGAGAAAAUCUGGCAUUUGCAUCACAAGACAUGGCUGUUUAUAUGAGACAAAGGCUGCAUAUGUAACCGAUCAGCCGAAUUUUCUAAAUUCGGCUGUCAGGGGCCUCACAAAGCUUGCUCCUCAUGAUUUACUAGCUCUGCUCAAGCAAAUAGAGAAGGACUUGGGCCGAAAGGACGGAAUAAGGUAUGGCCCACGACCGAUAGAUCUUGAUAUCUUGUUCUAUGGAAGGGUAAAGAUUGCUUCAGAGGCUCUGACAGUUCCACACGAGCGCAUGUGGGAGAGGCCCUUUGUGGUCGCUCCCCUGAUCGAUCUAUUGGGAUCUUCUGUGGAUAAUGAUACUGUUGCCACGUGGCAUUCCCUUUCAGGGUGUGACGGUGGGCUGUUUGAGGCUUGGAAGAGGCUUGGAGGUGAAUCCUUGGUUGGUUGUGAGGGGCUGAGGAGGGUUCUGCCCAUUGGAAGCUGCUUGUUGGACUGGUCGAAGAAGACUCAUCUCAUGGGUGUUGUCAAUCUCACUCCCGAUAGCUUCAGCGAUGGAGGAAAGCUCAGUUCUGUGGAUGAUGCCAUCUCACAAAUCAGACUGCUAUUAUCACAAGGGGCCGAUAUCAUUGAUAUUGGUGCUCAGUCUACCCGCCCGCUGGCCCACAGGGUUUCCGUCAGUGAAGAACUAGACAGAUUACUACCUGUCUUGGAGGCGAUUCCAAGGAUCCCUGAGCUGGAGGGGAAGUUUCUCUCUGUGGAUACCUUCUACUCAGAAGUUGCUUCAGAGGCGGUGAAGAGAGGAGUUCACAUCAUCAAUGAUGUAUCUGCUGGGCAGAUCGACUCCAACAUGUUCCAAGUAGUUGCGGGCCUUGAAGUGCCAUAUGUUGUGAUGCACAUGAGAGGAGACCCCUCAACGAUGCAGGACGGAGAGAACACAAGCUAUGGGGAUGUCUGCAGGGACGUGGCUUGUGAGCUGGGUGCCCGUAUAAGUGAAGCAGAGCUCUCGGGAAUCCCUGCAUGGAGGAUGAUUGCUGACCCGGGGAUUGGGUUCUCAAAGAGAACCAGCCAGAACCUGGAGAUCCUCAUGGGCUUGCCGAGGAUCCGUGAGGAGUUCGGCUCAAGAAGCCUUGCUGCCUCGCAUGCUCCACUCCUGGUGGGUCCAUCGAGGAAGAGAUUCCUUGGUGAGAUCUGUGGCAACAGUAGUCCAAUAGAGAGAGAUCCGGCAACAGUGGCUGCUGUCACGGCUGGAAUCCUUGGCGGUGCGAACAUUGUGAGAGCCCAUAAUGUUAGGUACUGCUCGGAUGCGGCGAAGCUCUGUGAUGCAAUGUUGAAGAAGGGCGGAGGUUUGCUUGGCUGA